AUGGCAGAUAGUGAUGAUGAAUAUGAUCGGAGAAAAGGUCGUGAAAAAUUCAGGAGAGAGCGUAAUGAUUAUGAAAGACGAGAGGAAAGAAGAAGCCGUGAUCCAAGAGAUGUUUGGGACCGAGACAGAUCAACUGGGAGAGCUAGAGAAGCCUGGAGCAGCAGAAGCAGAGAGAGACAUGAUCCUUACAGAGAAUAUGAUGCGCGGCGUCGGGAAAGAUAUAGCCCAAAUGUCAGACGAGACAUGAGUCCUCCACAUGCAAAACGAAUGAGACGUGAUUGGGAUGACCAAGGUUACCCUCCUUAUGACAUGGGUGGAUAUGGAGGAACUCCAAUGCAACCACCUCCCACCUGGGGCCCCUCCCCAGAAAUGAGAGGUCCUCCACAGGGUGAUUUUAACCCUGGACAAGGAGGAAGAGACCUAGAAUUUCCCACCCAGCCUCCAAUGUUGACAUUUAAACAGUUUUUAUCACAGCAAGAAGAUAAUAUCAGCGACCAAGAUGCAAUUAAAAAAUAUAAUGAAUAUAAGGACGAGUUCAAAAGACAACAAAUUAACGAAUUCUUUUUGGCACACAAAGAGGAAGAAUGGUUUAAAACAAAAUAUCAUCCUGAGGAGUGUGAGAAGAGGAAUAAGGAGGUUAAAAAAGCCUUACAACAUCGCUGUAAUGUCUUCAUGGACCUUGUGGAGUCUGGAAGGGUUGAAGCAACAUGGGUGGACUUUGAGAAGUCAGAUGAACUUGUCAAACUUCUGGAUGCUGCUGUCAUUAAGAUGGAAGGAGGGACAGAUUUUGAUUUAACCGUGUUGGACCAAGCCGUUGAGGAGGAUAAAGAUGGAGGCAGGAGUCGGAACAACUCAGAAUCUAUACCCAUGGAAAGUCCAGAUGAAAAGAAGAAAAGAAAAAGAUCCAUUUCAAAUGACAAAAAACCAGAUGAGCCAUUAAAAUUACCUAUAUCAGCUGAACAGAAGGAGCUCAUGAAGAAGGCACAGGAGUUUUCUAAACAGCAGCAAGCCAAAAAUGGAAGUGAAUCCAGCUCACCUGUACCAGAAGAAAGCACCAUCAAAGAAGGGAAAAAACCUAAGAAAAAGAAGAGACAUCGCAACAAAGCUGGUUAUGACUAUGAGAGUGGCUCAGAGUCUGAGAGUGGCAGUGAUUCUGAGUCUGAGCCUGUCCCACCAGGAAUGGAGGAGUCAGGGGAGACAGCCGAGGAGGGAGAAAAGUCCGAGGAUGGAGAUGAACAGAAUGUAUCCUCCUCAACAGAGGCAUCCAAAACUAAGGAAGAGGAAACGCCAAAAGAGGCUAACAUGUCUGAUGGAGAGGAUAAAGACCAAGACACCAUGGAGGAGAAAGAGAAGGACAAAAAAGACUCGUCUCCCAGACCCAGGGCACUUCACAAGACUUCCUCCAUCUUCUUAAGGAAUCUAGCGCCCUCUAUUACCAAACAGGAAGUGGAAGCUAUGUGUAAGAGAUACCCUGGCUUUGUUCGAGUGGCCCUUCAGGACCCCCAGGCUGAACGGCGGUUCUUCAGAAGAGGCUGGGUCACAUUUGAUAGAGAUGUUAACAUUAAAGAAAUCUGCUGGAACCUCAACAAUAUUAGAUUGAGGGACUGUGAACUUGGAGCCACCUUGAAUCGGGAGCUAAAACAGAGAGUCCGUCCUGUCAAUGGAAUCUCAGCCCACAAACAAAUUGUCCGCUCUGACAUUAAACAAGCAGCUAAAAUUAUCCAGAAUCUGGACUCCAAGUGGGGGAUGUGGGAGGAUCCUGAGGAGGAAAAGAAAGACAAAUCUAAAGAGAGCUCCUUUAGUUUCACAUCUAAGAAUCCUGUUUUAAAGAAUAUUACAGAUUAUCUUGUGGAGGAAGGAAGUUUCGAGGAGGAAGAGUUACUCGGUGAAAAAAUGGAGGAGGGGGAGAAAGAAUCAAACAAUGAAGUUAUAGUGGAGAGAGAUGAGCGAAUGAUCAAGGCUUUAGACAGGAUGAUACUCUACCUCAGGAUAGUGUAUUCCAUUGAUUACUACAGUGCUAACGAGUAUCCUAACGAGGAUGAGAUGCCACACAGAUGUGGGAUUAUGCAUUGUAGGGGAAUACCACCCACCACUAAAAUUACACAGCAAGAUGUAAAUGAUUGGAUCACCAAUACAGAGAACAAACUGAAGCAGUUUACAGAGGUCCAGGAGAAAUUGUCUGAGGAAGAAUGUAUCAAGUUUGGCAGGAAAGAUCCAGAGGCAGAGGUGGAGAAGUUUGUAACAGCCAACACACAGGAACUGUCCAAGGAUAAAUGGCUGUGUCCAAUCAGCGGGAAGAAGUUCAAAGGUCCAGAGUUUGUCAGGAAGCAUAUCUUUAACAAACAUGGUGAAAAAGUGGAGGAAGUCAGAACAGAGGUUGCUUUCUUCAAUAACUAUUUAAUGGAUCCAAAAAGACCAGCAUUACAAGAGCAUCCUAAAAAUAAACAGAAAGAGGGGCCUUCUAGAGAUCCCUUUUCUGGUCAUAGUGCAGGUUACCAAGCCCCUCCCCAGCAAGGAAUGAUGGGAUACAAUCAGCCAAUGGCACCACCCAUGAGGAGUUAUGGGUCCAGCAGCAGUGCACCUCACCAUUACCCAACCCCACCCUAUGGAAAUCAUGACUACCGGGGGGAUUAUAGAAGAUCCGCAGCGGGAGGAUACAGAGGCCAUUUCAGAUCCAAUGUUGCUAGGAAGCGGAAUUCUGAACACCGCCGAUCAGAUCCGCGAGGACUUAUUGAGUACCGAGAUCUGGAUGCUCCAGAUGAUGGGGAUAUCUUCUAAGGAUUUAUUGAGUACCAACAACUGGAUGAUCCAGAUGAUGGGGGUAUCUUUAAAAACUUAAUGAGUACCAACAAGUGGAUGAUCCAGAUGAUGGGGAUAUUUUUAGAGGACUUAUUGAGUACCAAGAUCUGGAUGCUCUAGAUGAUAGGGAUAUGUGUGUAAGCAGUCCAUGGUCUCAUUACAUCAAUGAUGAAAUAAUGAAACAUUUUAAAAUUUUGCAUUAUAUGUAUAUACAGAUUGUUGUAUCAGUUGCAUGGGCCAAAGUUUUGCUGCAUGAUGAAGAUAGACUUGUAAAAUUAUGGCCAGUGAAAAUUUGGAUUUUACAAUAAAUUUUUAAUGCAUUCAAUCUGAUAUUAAUGUCAGGUUACAAGUGCUAAGGUAAUAUGAAUGUAAUGUAACAGAUUAUAUGCAUAAUUCAAAAUAGUUUUCAUUCAAUUCAAUUCAUC